AUGGAUGUAUCCAAGAUUCCUAACAAUGCCCACCCCAAGUGGUGGAAAGAUCCCGGUAUGCGCAAGUUGGCGGGCGCUAUGGCUAUGGGAUACUGCGCGACUAUAAAUUCAGGUUACGACGGCUCGCUCGUCGGAGGCUUGUUCGCGCUCCCUCGUUUCCUCGCCAUGUUGGCUGAGGACCGGGAUGGACCGCUCGAGUCCAGCAUCAUCGGUCUUGUUGGAGCUUCGCUCUUGCUUGGUACCUUUGGAUCAUUUCUCAUCGGUCCUCUCAUUGCCGAUAGAUACGGCCGUCGUGUUCCUAUUCUGAUCGGGGGUACCAUCGUAAUCGCCGGCGCGUUCAUGCAGACUUUUGUCAGGGGUUCCGCCAAGUUCAUUGGAGGCCGUGUCGUCAUGGGGUUCGGAUCAGGUCUGCAACAGGUAUCCGGUACCACCUAUGUCACCGAGGUCGCCCAUCCGCGUUUCCGAGCGCAAGCCACCAGUCUCGCCACCACGACCUACUUUGUCGGUUCCAUCAUCGCCGCUUGGUUCACCUUUGGUACUCUGAACAUCAACGGCGACUGGUCGUUCAAGCUUCCCGUCCUCAUGCAAGCUGUUCCAUGCUCGGUUCAAAUCAUCCUGCUGUUGAUCUUUUGUCACGAUGAUUCGCCGAGGUGGCUUGUGUCGAGAGGCAGGCAUGAAGAUGCUGUGCGAGUGCUCGCCAAAUUCCAUGCCAACGGCAAAGAGGAUGACGAGUUGGUUCAGUACGAGUUCCUGGAGAUGAAGAUGGCCAUCGAAGCAGAAGCGGCCGCAACUGCGGGGACAUCUUACCUGUCCUUCUUCCGGACCCCGGGAAACAGAAAGCGUCUCUACCUGCUGUUAUGUAUCGGUUUCUCUUCGCAGUGGGUGGGAAACGGAGUUAUCUCCUAUUACCUCCCUCAGAUUUUGAGCACUAUCGGUAUCACCACGGCUUCAGCGCAGACCGGCGUAAAUGGCGGAUUGUCUAUCUGGUCCUGGUUUGCCGCGAUCUUUGGUGCAAUGAUGUCCGAGAGAUUGGGUCGUCGGACACUCUGGCUCGCAUCCUCUUGCGGAUGCCUCGCCUGUUACGUUCUCAUCACCACUUGCUCGGCCUUGUUUGCUGAGAAAGGGGCCAAUGCUGCGGGAAGGGCCACAAUCGCGUUCAUCUACAUGUUCAACGGAUUCUACGCCAUCGGGUUCACCGCCAUCGGAAACGGUUUGUACCCGCUCGAGAUUCUGCCUUACGGUUUGCGAACCAAAGGUUUCGCUAUUACCGGAGGUACCAGUCUUGCCGCUGCGUUUUUCAACAUUUACGUUAAUCCGAUCGCCUUGGAAGCGAUUGCGUGGAAGUACUACUUUGUUUUCAUUGUCGUGCUCGUGGCUACCAUUGCCAACAUCUGGUUCUUCUACCCGGAGACGGCCGGGAGAUCCCUCGAGACGAUCCAGGAAUUGUUCGACGGUCCCGGAGCCGUCACCGACCUUGUCAACCAAGAGCUCGAGGUCCACCCCGAGGCUUUGGUGCACGAUAAGAAGGGGGAUGCGGACGAGGAGCAGCUCGAGUACUCUAAGCAAUAG